UUUUCUGGGAAAGUAACGUAUAAUGGUCACGAAAUGCAUGAAUUUGUUCCCCAAAGAACAUCAGCUUAUAUCAGCCAAUAUGAUAUCCAUUUACCUCAAUUGACUGUUAGAGAAACUUUGGCUUUCUCUGCCAAAUGUCAAGGCGUUGGCACUGGUUAUGAUAUGCUUACUGAGCUCCUUAGAAGAGAAAAGGAGUUGAAUAUUAGACCAGAUCCUUAUAUCGAUGCCUUAAUGAAGGCAUCAGUUCUGAAAGGACACAAGGAAGAAAUUGUUACAGACUAUGCUCUCAAGAUUUUAGGACUGGAAGUUUGUGCUGACACCAUAGUAGGAGAUGCAAUGAUGAGAGGUGUUUCUGGUGGACAAAAGAAACGUGUAACUACAGGGGAGAUGCUUGUUGGUCCUGUAGGAGCACUUUUUAUGGACAAUAUAUCAACAGGUCUUGAUAGUUCCACAACUUACCAAAUUGUCAACUGUAUCAAACAAUCAAUCCACAUUUUCAACAAAACUGCUAUAAUCUCACUUCUUCAGCCCCCACCUGAAACUUUUGAGCUUUUUGAUGACAUUAUCCUUCUUUCAGAAGGACGAAUAGUUUACCAGGGCCCUCGAGACCACGUUCUUAAGUUCUUCGAAUCCAUGGGGUUCAAAUGUCCUGAAAGAAAAGGCGUUGCGGAUUACUUACAAGAAGUUACAUCAAGAAAAGAUCAAGGACAAUACUGGUUUCGUCACGAAACACCGUAUCGUUUUGUUUCGGUUAAUGAAUUUGCUGAAGCCUUCGAGUCGUUUCAUAUUGGAUUAGACAUCAAAAACCAGCUUGCUGUUCCAUUUGACAGGUCAAAGAAUCACCCUGCAGCUUUGACAAAAACUAGAUAUGGAGCUAACAAAAUGGAAUUGAUGAAAGCUUGUUUGUCAAGAGAAGUUAUUUUGAUGAAAAGAAAUGUGUUCUUACAUGGUUUCAAGAUAUUUCAGUUGGAACUCGGUGCAGUUAUCGUUGCUACCGUUUUCGUUGAAGCUAGAAAGCAUCAUAGUACAAUUGCAGAUGGAACAGUUUACUUAGGGGCUCUCUUUUUUGUCCUAAACACGAUUAACUUCACCGGGUUUUUUGAACUUCCAUUAACGAUCGAUAAGCUUCCGGUCUUUUACAAACAAAGAGACCGUCUGUUUUAUCCAUCAUGGGCAUUUUCAUUACCAACGGCGGUUCUUGGUAUCUUUAUAUCAAUGUUUGAAGUUGCUGUUUGGAUUGUUAUAACUUACUACGUAAUAGGAUUUGAUCCCAACAUUACAAGGAUGUUAAAACAAUAUCUUGUCCUUGUCAUGAGUGGACAAAUGUCUUAUGCACUGUUUAGAUGCCUUGCUGCAUUAACUAGAGAUCACGUUGUUGCUAACACAGCUGGUUGUCUUUCAGUGAUGUGGCUUUUAAUAUUUGGUGGAUUUAUUUUAUCAAGAGAAAAUAUGCCCAACUGGUUGAUAUGGGGAUAUUGGACAUCGCCUCUUAUGUAUGUUCAAACUGCCAUUUCAGUAAAUGAAUUCCUCGGCCAUGCUUGGAAUAAAGCUCUUAACGGAACAAAAGAGACGGUUGGAGUAGCGGUCUUGAAAGCUCGUGGGGUAUUCACUAAUCCAAAUUGGUAUUGGAUUAGUAUUGUUGCAUUGAUUGGCUUUAUAUUCCUCUUCAAUGCCAUAUCUGCUCUGGCUUUUGCUUACCUUGAUGAAUAUGGGAAAUCGCAGGCAGUGUUUUUGAGUGAAGAAUCUACUAAAGAAGACACUACCAUGGCAAGUGAAGGUGACGGAACAUUGUUAAACAAAAGCAACUCAAAGACUAAGAGAGCAUCUAGAAAUGCCGUGGCGGUUCAUAAUUAUCAAGAGAGAGGAAUGCUUCUUCCUUUUACACCACUAUCAGUUACCUUCGAGAACAUCACGUAUUCGGUUGAUAUGCCAAAGGGAAUGAGAUCCCAAGGCGUGUUGGAUGAUAGAUUGGUGCUUUUAAAUCAAGUGAGUGGAGCAUUCAGACCAGGUGUUUUAACAGCUUUAAUGGGUGUUAGUGGAGCUGGUAAGACUACACUGCUUGAUGUGUUAGCAGGGAGGAAAAACAGUGGAUAUACAGAAGGAAACAUCACUGUUUCAGGCUAUCAAAAGAAACAAGAUACUUUUGCUCGAGUUACCGGUUAUUGCGAACAAAACGACAUUCAUUCUCCUCUUGUAACUGUCUACGAAUCUUUACUAUACUCGGCGUGGCUUCGGUUGCCUCGUGACAUUGAUCCUGAAAGUAGAGAGCUUUUUGUUGAGGAAGUUAUGGAAUUGAUUGAGUUGAAGCCAUUGAGAGAUGCAUUGGUUGGAUUUCCUAACGUGAACGGACUAUCCAUCGAGCAGCGUAAACGGUUAACCAUUGCAGUCGAGCUCGUUGCUAACCCUUCGAUAAUUUUCAUGGAUGAACCAACCUCAGGUCUUGAUGCAAGAGCAGCAGCUAUUGUGAUGAGAACCGUGAGAAACACGGUGGAUACAGGAAGAACUGUGGUAUGCACAAUUCACCAACCCAGUAUCGAUAUAUUCGAAUCUUUUGAUGAGCUCUUCCUAUUAACACGCGGAGGUGAAGAAAUAUAUUUCGGUCCUCUAGGCCGUAUGUCAAGCCAUUUGAUCAAGUACUUUGAGGAUAUCAAUGGAGUAAGCAAGAUAAAAGAAGGCUAUAACCCGGCAACCUGGGUGUUGGAAGUGACAACACGACCUCAAGAAGAGAUUCUAGGAGUAAAAUUCGCUGACCAGUACAAAAGAUCCGAUCUUUAUAGAAGAAACAAGGCCUUGAUUUCGGAGUUGAGCACACCACCUCCUGGCUCACACGAUCUCCAUUUUCCGACCAAGUAUGCACAACCCUACCUUACACAAUUCAUAGCUUGUUUAUGGAAACAACACAGAUCAUAUUGGAGGAACACAUCAUACAAUGCAGUGAGGCUUUAUUUCAGUACUGCAAUGAGCAUUAUUUUCGGAGUUUUAUUCUGGAACCUUGGAAGCAAAAGGGGAACAAAACAGGAUCUUUUCAAUGCAAUGGGUGCAAUGUACACUGCAAUUACAUUCAUGGGAACACAAAGUGCUGCUUCAGUGAGACCUGUUAUAAUAGCUGAAAGAACAGUUUUUUACAGAGAAAGAGCUGCUGGAUUUUAUUCUGCAUUACCUUAUGCUUUUGCACAGGUUGCUAUUGAAAUCCCAUAUACCAUAGCUCAAGUUGCUAUAUAUGGGGUUAUAGUUUAUGCAAUGAUGGGGUUUCAAUGGACAGCAUCCAAGUUCUUCUUAAACACAUUCAUCAUGUUCAUCACAGUUCUUCUCUACAUAUACUAUGGAAUCAUGGUUGUAUCUGCAAGUCCUAAUCAACCAACUGCUGCAGUACUUUCUGGUAUCUUUUUUACAAUGUGGAGUCUCUUCUCCGGUUUCAUAAUUCCGCGACCGAGGAUUGUUGUGUGGUGGAGAUGGUAUGCUUGGGUGUGUCCGGUUUCAUGGUCCAUGUGGGGAAUGACAACUUCACAGUAUGGUGACUUGCAGAACAAGUUAGAGACAGGAGAAACAGUGGCUCAGUUCGUGGAAGAUUACUUUGGCUUCAGACAUGACUGGUUAUGGAUAGUCUGUCUUGUCCUAAUUGGGUUUACUUUGUUGUUUGCUUCUGUAUUUGCUUUCUCCAUGAAAUUCUUCAACUUCCAAAAGAGAUGAACAAUUUUCAUUUUAUUAUAACUAUGAUGUAAUCCUAUUUAAUUGUAAGCCAUUAGUUUUUAUAUUUUAUUAAUUUGUUUAUAAAUUAUAUACAAAUUUGGUGUUGAGAGUUUAACUCUUUCUAG